AUGCCUCCGGCCGGCAGCUCCCGAGCGCCGCGUCCCGCCGCGCUGCCCCGCAGCCUGUCCCGCCUGCCCGAGUGCCCGGGCCGCUCCCGCAUCGUGCUGGCGCUCGGGGCCACGCAGAUGGCGCUCGGAUGCCUCAUCGUGGCAGUCAGCUUCGCCGCGCUGGCGCUCACCACCUCGGCCCGCGUCCGCCACUCCUGCCCCUUCUGGGCAGGCUUCUCGGUGCUGCUGUCCGGACUCAUAGGUGUCGUCUCCUGGAAGAGGCCUCUCUCCCUCGUGAUAACCUUUUUCAUGCUGCUUUCUGCAGUGUGUGUAAUGCUGAAUUUGGCUGGUUCAAUUCUGUCUUGUCAGAAUGCUCAGCUAGUCAACUCCCUAGAAGGCUGCCAGCUGAUUAAGUUUGACAGUGUGGAGGUGUGUGUCUGCUGUGAGCUGCAGCACCAGUCGUCCGGCUGCAGCAACCUCGGGGAGACGCUGAAGCUGAACCCGCUGCAGGAGAACUGCAACGCUGUGAGGCUGACCUUGAAGGAUCUCCUCUUCAGCGUGUGCGCCCUCAACGUCCUGUCCACCAUCGUGUGUGCGCUGGCCACAGCUAUGUGCUGUAUGCAGAUGGUCUCCUCUGACGUCCUGCAGAUGUUCCUUCCGCAGAGGUCACAUCCGGCCAACCCUGCCUGCGUGACUCCUCAUGGCACCGUUCUCCACCAGACCCUGGAUUUUGAUGAGUUCAUCCCCCCACUCCCGCCUCCACCCUAUUACCCACCAGAGUACACCUGCACACCCUCCGCCGAGGCCCAGAGGGGCCUCCACCUGGACUUUGCUCCGUCUCCAUUCAGCACUUUGUAUGACGAGGCCAUCAACAGCCCUGGCCUGCUGUAUCCCGCUGAGCUCCCCCCUCCCUAUGAGGCGGUGGUGGGCCAGCCUCCUCCCAGCCAGGUUACAAGUAUAGAUCAACAGGUGGCCGAGUCCAGCUCCGGGGACCCAAACACCAGCGCUGGCUUCAGCACUCCAGUACCAGCCGACAGCACGAGCCUCCUGGUGUCUGAGGGCACCGCUACGCCAGGUUCCAGCCCAUCCCCCGAUGGCCCUGUGGACGCCUCAGCACCCUCCGAAUCUGCCCUUCACCCUGGCUGCGUGUCUCCAGAGGAUCCUGGCAUGGGCUCACAGGUGCAGCCAGGUCCCGGGCGUGUAUCCCGCUCUACCAGUGACCCCACCUCGUGUACAUCUGGCAUGGCAGGUGAUGCCUCUUCACACAAGCCGUCGUGUAGCCAGGACCUGGACGCGGGGCUGUCUGAGGCUGUGCCUGGGAGCGCUUCCAUGUCUCGCUCUGCCACGGCUGCCUGUCGGGCCCAGCUUUCACCAGCGGGGGACCCAGAUACCUGGAAAAUUGACAGACGGCCAACACCGGAGCCUUUCCCGGCAGCCUCCAAACAGCGGCCGCGCUCUUCAGUGGACAGCAAGGCCUAUGCGGACGCCAGGGUUUUGGUGGCUAAGUUUUUGGAACACUCACACUGUGCCCUCCCCACCGAGGCACAGCACAUGGUGGGUGCCGUGCGCUUGGCCGUCGCCAACGAGGAGCGCCCCGAGGAGGAGGCCGUCUUCGGCGCUGGCGUUCUGGACCAGGUAUGAAGGAGCCACGAGUCUGACCGUGGACACCAACGGGCCUGGCGCCACCGAUGGUCUUGCCAGAAGCCGUCAUGCCUGACAGAGGCCUUCAGGCCCAGCUGGGCUGAGGACAAAUGUGGGGGACACCCAGGAUGAUCUGGGGGCGGCGUGGGCAGGGAACUGUCGCUCCGUCUCUCGAGGGGAGCCGAGCGGUCGCCUCCCUGUGGACUGCGUUUCCUGCCUAGCCCAGUAACUGGGAAGGAUGACUCUCGUGUCCGCGGUGAACUCUGGUUUUAUCUGGCGUGCAGCGCCUUGAACUGAGCAGCGUUGCAUAAACGUGAAUACAGCAACAGGCGACACUUAGGUCACCUAAAGACUCGAAGUAUCUCCAAAAUCAGGGCCAUCCAAAGCAGGAGUUCCCCAUCCCUCAUUUAACUUAGUGUUCAGGGGACAGAGGGUGACAUCGAGUCAUGAGACAUUUUCUCAUGUGGCUCGAUGGCUCUAUCAUUAAACGUUCAUCACGCUCUGGCCUAUUUCCUAUGAAAGGAAAUAGGUAGCGUUAGCACAGAUGGCAGCCUGCGCCCAACUUUCUGUCCACAGGGCUACUGUGCAAACAAAUGUACAGUGAGGGCCUCUGCUGUGGCCUGGCCACCCCAGGGGACAGGCCGGUGUUGCAGAGAGUUGGAGGAACCCACCGUCUUCUGGGCCUCGAGCUCGGCCUCCCUCCGUGGGGUGCCUCCCCCACCUCCUCUCAGGCCCCCUUUCUCCAGGCUCCCGUCCUGUCCCUGGCGCAGACCUGAUUCAGUUGUUUGAUCCAUAACAAUAAGCGCCGAUUCCCAGCUCCUCUGGGGGUCUCCCUGUGUCUGAGCUCACCUGAUUGAGCUCAGUGGGUCCAGUUCUGAGGGAGAGAGGCCGGUUUCUCUGGGAAGUGGCCCCUUCCGAUAAAGCAGAUCCCUGUGACCCAGAGCUGACCUUCCCCCCGGGCAGGCGGCAGCAGACAGACAGACACGCCCACGCAGGAGGAUCAUAAACCACCUACAAACCCACGCGAAACGGAAGAGACACCCGCCAUGUUGCUUGUGCAGAAGCAGGCAUGCCCAGCUUGGGGGCAGCUUGGGGACCUUGCACUUUCUUGGCCCCUAUCCCCUUGUUUUCUGGUGGCAUCAGUGGCAGCUGCUCCCAGCGAUGGCCCUGGAGCAGCGCCAUCCACGAGAACUUUCUGCAGUGAUGGAAAUGCCUGUUCAGGGCCACUAGCAGCAACAGCCUCUGAGCUGCGUUGGGUGGGCCCUGCAGUGAACAAAGCAGCCUAGAGCCUGAGUUCUUCCCAGACAGCCCGUGAGCCUGGCAUGGGGGCACAGGGGCCAGAGGGUGCCUUCCACUCCUGGGUGCCAGGGCAGGGGGCUCAUGCUCUUCUCUCAGCUCCGUGGGGCUUGUCCUUGAGCUCCCCCAAUCCCCCAACACCACUGUGGCCAGCGUGCUGAGGAGCUUCUGUGUGACUGGAAGCCGGGAAGGGCGUGGGGUUCCAGCCUAGGUGCCCAGAGCCUUCCCGCAGCCCCUUACGCCCGCCCUGGGGGCUGAGGUGUAGGCCUUCCCCAGCUGUGGUGGGUUGAAAAGGCUUCGAUUGCUUUAGAGAGCUGAAAACAGACGACAACCUGCACUUUUCCAGGAAAGAUGUACUAGAGAUGAGCACUUUAUUCAGACUAUAAAACAGGAAAUCUAUACUUUUUCUCAAGUGGGGGCUUGUGAACUCCCUCAAGGCAAGUCCCUUUACAGGUGAAGUUAAUUGGUGGAUUUUCAGAAUGGCCGCCCUGGAGCAGAGCUUCAGCCACGCCUGACGCCCUGGCCGCUGGAUCUCCACUGUCUGAGGUGUGUGGGGGCCGCGCCGCAGGGGUUUCACCUGCUUGGGGGGUCCACACUAGGGCUUGGGGGUUCACACAGCAUGGUCCCUGGGCCGAGCCCUUGUGUGGGCUAGAGCUGCAGUCCUCAGACACGGCUGCAGUUCCAGCGAGGCCAAGACCACCAGCCACGCAGCGGACUCGGUCCCUGGGCUGUUUCCUCUGCAGCCGGGGUGGAGGCCACUGGACCACCCAGCCUGCUGCGUGGCAUCCUUCCCUUCUCUGCAGCAGGGCCCGGCCCCAGUGGCCAGUGGGGCUCCUGCCCCAGCACUGCCUCCCUGCGGGCCCCCACCUGCACCCCACCCUCACCCAGCUCUGGGUUUGCGCUGGUGGCAGCUGUUGUGUGGAUACAGAAACUGUACCCAACUUGAUGCCACUGGGCUGGAACCUUCUGCCCCCUCAAAAUGAGGCAGUCAGGGACAGGGUGGGGUGCCCCACUCAGCCCAGCUUCUCAGGGCCACUCAUGGAAUCUGGGAGGGUCCCCAGAAGAGAGAGGUGCUGGUAGACUAGGGAAUGUGCUGGCAACUUGACCCAGAAGCUGUGGUGCCCUUGACCCUGGCUCCAUGGCAUCUGGGUACCAGCAGCAAGAGCCCGAGCCCCAGGCUGCACAUUGGCUCACAGCCAAGGAGAAAGCCGGCUGCUUCCCCCCCCCCCCCCCCGCCCCGUGUGCGUCCUUCCCCCGCUCUCAUCAUGCUCCCUGUCUGGGCUCUGAAAUGAGCCAACUGUAGCUGCUUUGGGGGUGACAUGCUCCUUCUCCAGCUCAGCUGGGCCCCGGGCAUCCCCUGCCCUGCCCUGAGACCCAAAGGGUGGUUGGCAUCUGCUGUGACACCACCAUUGACCCCAGCUUGGGGACCACGAGGAUGCUGAGCGGGGAGAACCUGGACCCCAACUCUAUGGUAAGCAAGGUCAGAGAAGGGGGAGCAUCAUUUGCAAGAACUUCAGGUCUCAUCCUUGGCUAGAGAUGAGGAUCCACAUUAAAUGCUUAUAACACACCAGGCCACAGAAAGCUCGCUACACACGGAUGCUUCUCCCCACCCGUGCUGACUCUCAGAGGCUGCUAAGGCAGAAUUUAUAGGAAAUUGUUUUCAAGCCACCAGAGACCUGUUUGUACAACUGGAACGGUUGUAUUUAUUUAAUGUACCUCAAGGUGUUUUAAUAAUGAUCCGUGUUUUAAUAAAAAGUAUUUCUGGUC